AGUGAGGUCGGCGGCUCCGGGGGCUGCGCUGCGUUGGGAAGCGCGGGCUGCGGUGAGGAGGGCCGGCCCAGAGCAGCGAACGGGAGAGCGGCUUCAGGAGGCUGCAGAGCGCGGAACGAACGGCCCAGCUUGCGACCGAGGAGUCUUCGCGGCGCUGCUCCUCUUCUCGCCCCGCGCCGAGCCCGCUCGGGCCGGCGUGCGCCGGUCACCGAGGAGGCCCAGGCCGCCGUACACAGAACGGAAAACGUAUAUUUAACAGAAGUUGUUUAAGAAAUACAGAAAAGUGCAAAAGGAUCAGUAAACUCACCUCAUCCAGAGUUCUUGAAAUCAUGAAUCCUGUUUAUAGCCCUGGAUCUUCGGGGGUUCCCUAUGCAAAUGCCAAAGGAAUUGGUUAUCCAGCUGGUUUUCCCAUGGGCUAUGCUGCAGCGGCUCCUGCGUACUCUCCUAACAUGUACCCUGGAGCAAAUCCUACUUUCCAAACAGGCUAUACUCCUGGCACCCCCUACAAAGUGUCAUGUUCUCCUACCAGUGGGGCUGUGCCACCCUAUUCCUCCUCUCCCAACCCCUACCAGACAGCCGUGUACCCUGUGAGAAGUGCCUAUCCCCAGCAGAGCCCGUAUGCCCAGUUGUCUCUCUUCUUUCCACAGCAAGGCACUUACUAUACACAGCCACUGUAUGCAGCGCCCCCCCACGUCAUCCACCACACUACAGUGGUGCAGCCCAAUGGCAUGCCAGCGACUGUGUACCCUGCUCCCAUCCCUCCUCCUCGAGGCAACGGGGUCACCAUGGGCAUGGUUGCGGGGACCACCAUGGCCAUGUCAGCAGGUACUCUGCUGACUGCACAUUCCCCAACUCCUGUUGCCCCUCACCCAGUCACUGUGCCCACAUACCGGGCCCCAGGAACACCCACCUACAGCUACGUGCCCCCUCAGUGGUGAUUACCCUGCAAAUGUAAGUGUGAGGACGGAGCUGUGCAGUCACACCAUUGAGUUCCACAGCUGGUGCUGCAGGCCUUGCGCCUCCAACCAGGACUUUCUUCUUAAUGCUCUCGACACUUAGCUAAACACUACAUCCCAGCCCAACAGGGCCCAGCGCCGUUAGUCUCAAACUAACUCUGUGGGUUGGUCUUAAAGCAAAUCCUGUUUUGUGGACUGCCUGGCAAUUUUUUAGCUAACUGUAAUGAUAAAAAGGGAGUAUUAAUCUAUUCCAAAUCAUAUCUAGUUGAAUGCAUGUUUAAAAAAUACACACAAAAAAAGCUUGCUCAAUCUACCUGCAGUGACUGAUGCAGAACCAUCAUAUGCAAAACCCAAAGGUAUGGAAAUGUAUUUUACAACUUGUAAUCACUAAUGCACUGUUAUAAUGUAUGCAGUCUUAAAUUUACAUGUGUUAAAGUGAAUUUCUUCCUAGAGCAUCUGGAAUACCUGAGAUGACUUCAGCCACUUGGGGGUUGAUGUGGGUUGCCAAUUAGGAAUGUGAACUUUUGGUUUUCAGUGACCUGUUUUGUUUUGAGUUUGUUGUUGUUGUUGUUGUUUUUGGCAGUAACUGCACCAGGAAGUUGCUGCAGAGAUGGGAGGAGAGUAGUUUGGCUGCUGUGGUUUGGAGGGCAGCUGGUUAGUGGGGGUCCUUUUCCUUCUGUUGAGGCUUGGCGGGGUUAGGGAGCAGAUCCAUACCUAAAAUACCGUCAUACAAGAUGAGACUGAGGUAGCCAUUACAAUCCAGGGGGAGGGAUGCAUCAGCACCACACUGCUCUGCCAUCUAAGUGUUUAUUAUACAUGACUCUUACGGAAAAUAAUAGUGCUUUGUAUAUUGGUUGGAAAACUAUAGAACAGAAUUAUUUUCCUGAGAGUGAAACAGCCACUCUUAGAAGAGGGAUUGCCCUUUGCUUUAGCAUAGAAAAUUAUUCCCUAUUUUUAUUUUCCCAAGAAAUAAUGAAUCAGAUGAAAACACAUAGAUGUUGCUGUUUUCGUUCAACAAGGGCAAAGACGGCAGCUAUAUGUUAUUAAGAAUAUUUAAAAGGGAACAAACUUGUAUUUAAAAUUCCUCAUGUUGCUUAGAAGCAGAGCCAUGAGUAUGUCUGAAAAUGUAGCACGUGUGCUGGUCUUGGGGUGGUCCACCUGGUGAAGACUUGUCCUCUUGACUAGCUACAGAAGACUCCUAAAGCUGGGAUGAGAGGGAGCCUCUUCGACCUUUCAUAGCUGAAAGCAUUCACCAAGCACAUGUGGACAGCAGGAGGGGCAGAGCAGCACCAGAAAGCUCUUGGUGUCCAGUAUCCAUUAUGGAAAAGAUUUUGAGUUUAAAAUUAGUAUGUAUAUAAGAAAUCGAGAGGAUUUUGUUUUUGCCUAAAUAUGCCCAGCUUGUAUCAGUGGGACUGUGUGUCUGUUCACCGUGAGGGCACAAGGACAUGUUCUGUUUCAGGGGGCUGUCAAUAGGAGCUCAUCACUUUCUACCCCUCUUGUUUGGAGUACCGUGGGCUCUGGCUGGGAGGCCAGUCUGCGCUUCUUCUGGCAGUUGUGUCAGGGCUGUGGUGCUGCAUGGGAGGUGCCUCGGUGGUCAGCCUGGUUAUUAGGUGGAACUCCUGGACACUGGGCCUUUGGUGACCCUAGUUUUUAUAGUAAUAUUUUCCUUUUUUUUAACAUCUCAUUUUAUAAGAAGUCUAGGGAGAUUUUUGCAUGGAUCAGUGUAAACAGAUUCUUUAUUCCUAAUACUCAUUAACAUAGAAUGUUUACCGAUAAGUACUUUAAACCAUGUCAUGAGCACUUAGUAUAUGUGUGCGUGCGUGCGUGUGUGUGUGUGUGUGUGUGUGUGUGUGUGUGUGUGUGUUGGCGGCAACCCCAUCUGUGUAGUGGAUGGUUUGCAAUUAUCAAUAGGUUCCUGGGAUUCCAGGGAUUCAACAGACCCAGAAGGCAGUUUUCUCAGGUGAAGGACCAUCCAUCAGGAGGAUAUACUCAUGAUAUUAGUGUAUGCUAACAUACACAUACACACACACCUUGGAAAGUGACUCACCUUCCUGUCUAGGGGAAGUUACCUCGGCUAGUUCCAGGCCUGCUUGAGAUGGGUGCACGCCAUGUGUUGCACAGUGCUGAGAUAAAGACAUUUUCAGAAAGAAUGAGCUGCAUUUCCUCCUACUGUUAAACCUGCUUUGGAAACACUUUACCUGUAUUACAAAAUCUUGCUUUUUUUUGAAAUUAAGUUGAGAGACUAUCAAAUACAUUGUCCCAUUCAUCUGUGUGGAAAUAUUUGUCAAAUUUGAAACGAAUCUCGUGAUGAAAUUGUUGUUUUUUAACAGCAUUCAGUUCUAGUAAAAUUAAGAGCUAGAACUUGGGUCAGUAUUGUUAUAAAAGAGCAUAAUUUGGUGUCUCAAGCAUAAUAUGGAACAUUCCAAGAAUUUUGUGCUUUUGUUUGACAUUCCUGACCUUUGUGUGCUCAAGUUGAACUAUAAGUUUAGAAAUUGAGACAGAGAAGCACAGGGCCUAAUUCCUGGAAACAUGGGUAUCAUGAGAGCUAUUAAAAGCUUGUUUUCAUUCUAGGUAGUGUGUUCCUUUGCCGUGUCCUGCUGCUGCUCUCUGUGAGCAUUCCAGUGUAGCUAUGGGCUGGUGGUGGCUCUACUGAGUGACUCAGAAGUUAGCCCCCUGAGAGCCCUGCCAAUCAGGUGAGAGGCAUGGGAGACUUCCACAGAUUUAUGUUUCUUGUGGCCCUUUAAAAAUUUUUUUAAUUAAACAUUCUUGUUGCGGUUAUGGCCUGCUGACUGGUGUUGUGUGGAACUUUCUCUUGAGUGCCCGAGGAGGCCGAGUGCCCAGCCUGCCCUGUCCAACACCUGUGCCUCAGUCUGGUGUGCCCGCCUGCUGAGACAGGUGUGUGUGGCCCAAGGAGUAAUUAGAGAAUGCCCUCUGGAGAGAAGGUCAGCAGUGGAAGGGAGCUCAUUCUUGGGGUGGUUGGGAGUGCCCUGACCUUUGGCAUAGGCUUUUGUGAAGGUGCCACUAGAGGUGGUGCAAGACUGGAGCACACCAACCAUAAACACUGGGGCUGCUGCAGACUAAGUUCAGGUUUCCUCACCUGGCCUUUUUGAACAUUUACGAACAGUGUUACCUGCAGAGCCACCUCUCAUCCAGAGUUGACAAGUUGGCUACUGCAGUUUUUGUUUGCCUGUCACUUCCUGAGUGGCACAGAGCCUCCCUCCUACACGUGGAGUGGCAGGAAAGUGGCCGCUGGUCCUUCCCUGGUGCUUACUUUACGAGGUUCUCUGGAGUGUGUGAGUAUGUUUGGCUCUAGGAGGGCUUAGCUUCGCUGUGCUGCCUCAGUGUGUCCCAGGCUUGUGUGUGUGUGUUUCUCUGAGCUGUUCACUGCCCCGCACCCUCAGAAAGGCAGCUGACUGAUAUACUACAGGUGACAUGCAUGAGAGCAGGAAUGCCUUUGGUAGGAGGGAAUAGCAAAGUUGAUCUUGUAUGUUUCAGAGAAUCUGGCCUUUCCUACUUGCCAUUAACAGAAAACCUAGGGAUAACCUUAUUCUAGUCCAGGGGACCAAAUCAAGCUGGCAUUUGGUACAAGGAGACAGAAACAAGACAGAAACUGGGGAGCCUCAGUGUGUGUCUCAGAUGAGUGUGGCAAGCAACUCCCUGGUCAGGGCUGCCACUGGCUUGGUGCAGAACAACUGUCAGUAGAGUAGAAUAAUCAAGCCAGACCUGAGCAUGGCUCCCAGCACAGUUGCAGACACUGCUCAGAGGAGAGGCCCCAGGAGCCUCAGUGCUGUGACUAAAUAGGAAAUGGUUCCUUUUUCUUUUUUCUUUUUUUUAAAAAAAUGAUUCUAAAAUACUUUUUUACACUGUUCUCUUGGUACUUUUUUUAAGCUUAAGUCAGCAUUGUCUUCCAGUGUUACAGGCACCCCUUGCCUCUGCGUUGAACUUAAUGUGUCAAUACAAAGGAAUGGACCAUCCAUCCUGAGCCAGUUCAACUAGGUGUAAAUCAUACAUUUUAAUUUUUUAUGCAAUCUGAUGAGUAGAUGAACUCAGAUUUAAAAUUCUUCAAAGCACGUUUAUUGUAACAAGAAUUGUUAUGUAUUAAUACUGCAGUUUUCAAUAAAGAUUGACUUGUGUUGCA